UUUAACUACUUCAAAUGAUCUAUUCUCAACAUCCAUAUGAUUAACCUAUCAGGUAAUUUCAAAUUUUUAUAAUCAGUGCUAUCCCUCAGGGUUACCCCAUGUAUUAUUAGCAUUAUCAUCCAUACCCAGCACCUUUUGAAUCAUAUCAAGUAUUAUCAAAUGUGAUACCUAUUACUGAGCCAUUACCAUAAGCAAUUAUUUAUCCACAGGAAACAGUAAUUGAAAGAUAUCCUCCUUUAUAAAUGCCCAAAAAAAUUGAUGUGGAAUAUAUUCAAAAAGAAAAAAGAAAAAAUUUUUACAAUUUAGAUAACAAUCCAUAUUUAUUUACAUCUGCAAGAGCCAGAAAUUAUUCGCAAUAAUUACCACCUUAAAGUUAUUAAUAAUAAUCUAAUGAUGCACACUAAGUUUAAUUUUAGACUAAUAGAAUGGAAAAUACUUAAAGAAUAUUCGACCCCUAAAUUUAAUCAAACUAACAGAGAGAUCUGAGAGUAUCUGAAUCAACAAGAUAAUUUUACCCACCUCAAUAAUAAUCCAUUAAUGAUUAAAUUGAUUAGAGACUAAGGAAUACAUAACAAUACCCAAUAUCAAAUAUUCAAUAAUCCAAAAUACUUGAAUAAAAAGAUUAUUAUAUUCAAUCUUAGAACAUACCUAUUUAGGAAUAUGUACAACCAAUUUAAACUUAAAGUUUACAUCCUUAAUAUUAAGUUACUGCACAAUUUUAGCCAUUAUAAUCCAAAAGUCUAAAUGAUUAAACCGGAAGAUAAUUGAAUGAAUCAAAACCUCCUAUCAUUCAGUCAACAAUUGUAAUUUAUAAAUAAUAUAAAUAGCAAUACAAUGCACCAAAAUAAAGGCCAGGACCCAGUCUAAACUUAAAUCAAUAUAAAUCAGCAAGUUAAAGCCUUUCACAAUCUAAAUUAAGGAGAUCUAAAAUUUUCGAUUGA